AUACCUUACAGAAAAAAUUUCAAAGUAGUGAUAUUUAUAAUCAUUCCGUUAUUUCCGUAUUUUAUUGUAAUUAUUUAUUUGUUCACAAAAAUUUAAACCAUGUAGUCUUUCACUAGAAAAUCGUUUUCUUAUUGCAAUAGCUGGCAUUCCAGGAUCAGGUAAAACUACUUUAGCAAAAAAUCUUGAAGGAUAUGUAAAUAAUUUCGUUGGAAAACAAGUCGCUAUUAGCGUAUCAAUGGAUGGAUAUCAUUAUCCAAGAAAAAUAUUGGAUACUUUUCCGAAUGUUGAAGAAGCUUAUUCUCGGCGUGGAGCGCAUUGGACAUUUGAUGCUGAAGGACUUUAUCAACUUGUCACCAGUCUUCGAAACCCAAUAAAUCACCAAAAAAUCAUUGAUGCACCAUCAUUUGAUCAUGCCAUCGGCGAUCCCAUUGAAAAUGAUAUCAAGAUAUUUCCAAGCCAUCGAUUGGUAAUUUUUGAAGGACUUUAUCUUCAUUUGAAGGAACCACAAAUUUGGAAAUCGAUUGCUGUGCAAAUGAAUGAACUCUGGUUCUUACAAGUGGAUCGUGAAAUUGCGAGAAAAAGGAUUAUCAAAAGACAUAUAGAAAGUGGAAUUUCUAAUGAUGAAGAAGCGGCAGUAUAUAGAGCGGAUAAUAAUGACUUUUUAAAUGCGGAUUACAUAUUAGAGAAUAGUAUAAUUCCUACUAAAACAAUCAAUAGCAUUGAAAUUGAUUCAUGAAUACAUAGCGUGAUUUGCAUGUCUCAUUCCUAAACUGUAUGGUGAAACGGUACAAAGUACAUGUAUGGAUGAUGUUACCAUGUGCGAGUUUUUUUUAAGGCGCGUUUUCUUAUUAUGCUAAAUAAAAUAUGUAUAAUUAUGGCUAUAUUUCCUUUAUAACCUUUUUUUUGUUCCUUUAUUUUAUUUUUAAUUU